UAAAGACCGCGCGAAAUGGGGGCUCUCAGCGAAAUGGGGGCUCUUGAUUUCUGAGCAGGACUCUCCUGCAAGAUGUGGCCGAGGUCGAAUUUUUCCUCCGCUUAGGAAUCUGCCCAGGGGGUCCUUCGUCGUGCCCGAGUUCGCUCUCAGCUGGGGCGGAACGAGAAGAACUUGUGCAAUAAUGUCACCUCAAAAGAGAGUUAAGAACUCUCAGGUGCAAAAAAGGACUUCACAAGUUAGUGGUAAUUAUCCGACUAAUCUCUUGGCCUGGGAAGAAAAAGAGGACCUGAAUGACUCAAAGUACAGCUUGAAACGUGGACAAAACAAUCCAGUGGAAGAUUAUGGACAUGCUGAUGAUCAAGCAGAAGAUGCCCUACAAAUAGCAGUGAGAUACUUUGAGAAAGGACCUGUUAAAACUUCACAGAAUAAAGAUAAAAUCUUGGAAGAACACUUGAAAACUGUGGAAAAUGUGGCUUUGAAGAAUGGGUUAGCUCCAGAAGGAAUUGACAUUCUAUUAAAUGUGGCACUCAGUGGCAAAUUUGGGAGUGCUGUAAACACUCGGAUAUUGAAGUGUAUGAUUCCAACAACUCUAAUAUCAGAACAUUCUGUGGUUAAGGCAGUCUCCUGGCUUUGUGUUGGCAAGUGUUCUGGUAGCACCAAGGUACUUUUUUAUCGUUGGCUGGUUGCAAUGUUUGACUUCAUUGAUCACAAGGAGGAAAUUAACUUGCUCUAUGGCUUCUUUUUUGCUUCAUUGCAAGAUGAUGCACUGUGCCCUUAUGCCUGCCAUUUGUUAUAUUUACUUACCAAAAAAGAGAAUGUCAAACCAUUUCGUGUGAGAAAACUGCUUGAUCUUCAGGCCAAAAUGGGAAUGCAGCCUCAUCUUCAGGCUUUGUUGUCACUGUAUAAGUUCUUUGCUCCUACUUUGAUUUCUGUCUCUUUGCCGACGAGGAAGAAGAUCUAUUUUAAGAAUUCAGAGAAUUUGUGGAAGACUGCUCUACUUGCUGUGAGGCAAAGGAAUCAGGGACCCCCUCCUGAGCCUCUAAAGUUGAUGUUAGGUCCUGCUAAGGUCCGUCCUGUAAAAAGAAAAUGGAAUUCUUACUCAGUUAUACCAGUGCUAAAUUCUAGUAGCUGCAGUAAAGAAUGUGGGAAAAAAGGGAUGAUUCUUUCUAAUUAUCUCAGUAGCCAUGAAUUGUUUCCACUAGAACAGCUCAAAAGCUUCCCUCAACUCUUACAGAACAUCCAUUGCUUAGAGCUGCCUUCUCAGAUGGGUGCAGUGUUGAACAAUUCUCUGUUACUUCACUAUAUUAACUGUGUCAAAGACGAGUCUAUCUUACUGAGGCUCUAUCACUGGUUGAGUCAAACAUUACAAGAAGAGUGUAUUUGGUACAAGGUGAAUAAUUUUGAACAUGAGAAAGAAUUUGCCAACUUCCUGGCCACUGUCAACAGGGCACAGUGCUUCUUACAAGAGGGGUUUUAUUCCUGUGAAACAUUCCUAUACAAGAGCCUUCCUCUCUGGGAUGGCUUCUGUUGUCGAUCACAGUUCCUUCAACUUGUGAGCUGGAUUCCUUUUAAUAGUUUCUCUGAGGUGAAACCACUUGUUUUUGACCAUCUAGCACAGCUCUUCUUUACAUCAACCAUUUAUUUCAAGAGUAGUGUUCUCCAGAGUCUGAAGGAACUGCUGCAGAAUUGGCUGUUGUGGCUUUCUGUGGACAUUCACAUGAAACCUGUGAUGAACAGUCCUCUAGAGACAACUUUAGGUGGAUCCAUGAAUUCUGUGUCUGAACUGAUUCACUAUGUAGGGUGGCUGUCCACUACUGCAUUGCGCUUGGAAAGCAACAGUACUUUCUUGCUGCACUUUAUUUUGGAUUUCUAUGAGAAGGUGUGUGACAUAUAUAUAAAUUAUAACCUUCCAUUGGUGGUAUUAUUUCCUCCGGGGAUCUUCUAUCCUGCUCUUCUCAGCCUAGAUUCCAGUAUCCUGAACCAGCUAUGUUAUAUCAUGCACAGAUAUCGUAAAAAUUUGACAGCUGCCAAGAAAAAUGAGUUGGUACAAAAGACAAAAUCAGAGUUCAAUUUCAGCAGCAAGACCUAUCAAGAAUUUAAUCAUUAUUUGACAGCCAUGGUUGGUUGCCUGUGGACAUCCAAACCUUUCCAGAAAGGAUUUUAUAUUGACCCUGAUGUGUUAGAAAAAACUGGAGUAGCAGAGUAUAAAAACAGUUUAAAUUUAGUUCAUCACCCUGCUCUAUUGAGCUAUGCUGUUUCCUUUCUGCUACAGGAGUGGCCAGAAGAAAGGACAACAGUAAACAUGAGAUCUAUUCGGGGAAAGAAAUGGAACUGGUAUUUGGACUAUUUAUUUUCAGAGGGGUUACAAGGCUUGAAACUUUUCAUAAGAAGUAGUAUUCAUCAUUCUUCUGUCCCCUGAUCAUCAGAGAGCAUAAACCACCUCAUCAACAUGAAAUGAAUUUAGACUUAAAUGAACCAAUCAUACUGGACUAAAUUCUUUUCCUUGUUGCUAGAGAGGCCAAAUGGCUCAACUUGAGUUUCCAUAAUCUUUUCAUCAAUAGACUGUCAUCUUCAGGGAGUACUUGAACUGGCCUUCUAUGCAUGGCUCCAGAGAGCCUCAGUGUGGCUAACUAUAUUUUUCAGGAUCUAGAUUCUUUAGCCCACUAGUGAAUAAUGACUUCAUCAUCAAGCCCUGCCUUCUACCAAAUUAUACAUCUGUUAUGUGGUGGGAUUUUUCACAUUCUUGUGGACUGUAAAUUGUGUUGAUGGAAGAGAUCAGGUAAUAUAUAAUAUAUAGUGGCAAUUUAGCCACAGACAUACUCAUGUAAAAUGCCCUGCCUCUGCAACCUCUGGUGAUAUUGCCAUUUUCCUUAUUGUGAACAACAGUGUCAGCCAUCAAGUUAAUUGUAUAUAACAUGUUUAACUGUGAAAGCUAGCUCUAACUAAUUGGUAGAUUAGGAGCCUGGGCCUUCACUGGUAGCAAUUUGAAGAGAGAAGGCAAUGGAAAGGAUUGUGGGAUAAUCUAAAAUGUUCCUAUUUAUACUACUUUGGUUUCACAAAACUGUACUAUAUUGUGUAUGUGUAUUAUGUAUAUGUUACAUAUCCCAUUUGUAAGUGUUCAGGCUCAAAUAAACUGAGACUUUAUUUUCAGGGAUAAUUCUGAGACUUAAAAAAAUUAUAAUAGCUAGAAUAUCUUGCUGAAAAUUCAGCCUCACUGCUACUAAGUAACUCUUUGUCUUUUAAUAAAAUUCAUAUCAUUUGAGAGAAA